UUAAAGCUCAUGUCAAUCUUUGUUCUGGGCGUGGCUGCAGCCGCUGCCAUUGAGUUGCCACUGGGAUCGAUUUAUCAUGCCCCAGCUACCCACCUUGUGAAGCCCCUGCUGAAGACCAUCGAGGUGGAGGCGCCAGCUCAUUACGAUUUCAGCUACUCCGUCCAUGAUGAUCACACCGGCGACAUUAAGAGUCAGACGGAGUCUCGCAAGGGAGAUCAGGUCCAGGGACAAUACACAUUGAUCGAUGCCGAUGGCUAUCAGCGUAUUGUGGAUUAUACUUCGGAUGCCCACAAUGGUUUCAAUGCCGUCGUUCGUCGUGAACCCCUUGGCCAUAAGGUGAUCAAGGCAGCCCCCGUUGCCAAGCUUGUCGCCCCCAUUCCAAUUGCCUAUGCGCAACCCAAGCUCCUUGCCACACACGCCAAGCUGCCCCUCAGCCUCUAUCACUAAAGAACUGAUUCACUUCGAGAGAAAGAGAAAGAGUGA